CAGUGCUCUCGCCAUUUUCUCUGCGAGUGGCGCAGCUCGGCUGUUGACUUCAAUUAUGGCCUCAUCAGACGCUACAGCAGAACCAAAAGGUAGAAGAGGGAGCUUUCCGUAUGAUAUUCCUAACCUGUCAUUAAGAAUGGUUGUGGUGGGGCGGACAGGAGCAGGUAAAAGCUCUUCUGGAAACACAAUCCUGGACAAAAAAGUCUUCAGAGCCGCCAAAAGUUCUUCAUCUGUGACCAGAGAGUGCUGGAAGGAGACUGGAGAAGUGGCUGGAAGAGAAGUUACUCUGGUAGACACUCCAGGUCUGUUUGACACGGACGCUUCAGAGUUGAAUCUACAGCAGGAGAUCAGUAAAUGCAUUAAUAUGACAGCUCCUGGACCCCACGCCAUAAUUCUGGUCAUCCAGCUCGGCCCGUUCUCUAGAGAAGAAAGAAAUUCAGUGGAGAAAAUCAGAGCUGUGUUUGGAGAUGCAGCAGAUAAACACACCAUCAUCCUCUUCACACACGGAGAUGAACUGACCAGCACUAUUGAGGAAUAUGUUGAUGUGGCCAGUGAAAACCUGAAAGAAGUAUUGAGACGCUGCGGAGGAAGAUAUCACGUCUUCAACAAUAAAAACACUGAGGAUCGUACACAAGUGGUGGGUUUACUGGAGAAAGUUGAUGAGAUGGUCACUGCUAAUGAAGGAAAACAUUUUACCAAUCAGUGCUACGAGGAUGUGGAGCUCAUGCUGAAAACUAAAGAAGAAGAGCUGAGAAGAGAAUAUGAGCAGAAACUACAGGACAAAGAGAGAGAACUGGAGGCCAGAUUCACUGAGGAGAAGAAGAUCCUGGAGGAGAAAAUACAGACAGCAUCUGAGCUGGAGAAAGAAAAGAUGAGCACAGAUCUGCAAAGACUCAGUCAGAGGAUCGUGAUUGAACUGAAGGAGUACAAGCGAUAUUAUAAAGCAAAACUCAAAGAGGCCAGAGAGGAAGCAGAACUCUCUCGUAUUAAUGAGGAAAAACUGAUGCAGAUUAUUUACAGCUUACAGAGCGUACAAAUGUAAUCAGUGCUCUGCAAUUGAUGAACACUUUCAUUUCCUUAAGUAACAUCAUGAAAUAAUCAGACUGAAGAAGAGCUCUUGCUCAAUAAGAAUAGACAUUAACAUGAAAACACAUCAAGACAGUUGUUUAAGACCUCAUCCAAGUAUUGUGGAUAAAACAAAUAAUUAGGAGGAAAAAGUGUUUACUGGUUAAAAUGACUGUUUUAUGAUUUAAUAAUAUCUGGCCAUAGAUGUAUACACUAGAUACCGCAUACGGACCCCGAGCAUGCGUCAAUAGCGCCGCCAUAUUUGUACAGUGCUCCCAGUACAAAUGUCAUUCAACUGCAUUAGUUACUACGUGAAGAUGCUGGACUUUAGCACUGUGUACGGGUGUAGUAAUGAGCAAACAAAGAAAAAGCACAAAGGCAGAACAUUUCAUAGGUAAGAUUUAGUUUUUUAACGUUUUUGUAUGUUAUGAACUUUGCUAAACCGAUAGCGUUUUUGAUGAUAAUACAGUCUCUGCUGGUAAUACAGACAUUUACUGCAUUCAGCAUAAGGCAAAGCAGCACCAACUUGCACUAAAUACUCGGCUUAUGUUAGUUUUGUUGAAUAAAAUCAGCAAUUAAUGCAAAAGAAAUAGCUUACAACGAGAUGCUGCGUUGCCAGAAACUUGUAUUUUUGUCGAUUAGUGAAGGAGUCGUUCCUAACGGAGAUUCAUUCACAAACGAAUCACUUCCUCCGUCAGUAUGAAAAGUGAAAGCAGAAGAUGGGGUGUGUUUCGGGACACGGAUUAGAUGAACUUAUCAGGGAGGGUGGAUUGAACAUUUCCAUACACACAAACACAAGCUUUUUGUCAGAAGUGCCUGUGCGAUCACUGAUCCAUCAAUGUAGAAAAGUGAUGUAAAAUUAUAAUUUUUCUUUUUUUUAAUUUAUAAAAAAAAACAGCAUACUGACCUCCAGGGAAACCUCCCGAUUAUAGAUAUAUGUAUACAUCUCUAGCUCUGGACGGCCACAGUCCUCCACUGCAGCUUGGUCCCGCAUCCAUUUCAAAGGAGCGCUACCCUAUACUAAAAUGGCGGCUCUGUCGAUGCAUUCCUUCCAAUAGAAAACAACAGGGUAGGCGAUGUCUAAUGUAUAUAUUUAUGAUAUCUGGCAGCUGAAUGUUUUCCCAACAGAUCCCUCAAAUCACUGUAACUUUAAAUUCAGAUUUGUUGAUUAACAAAUGGAUUGGAUUAUUAUGCUCUAUAAUUGUGAAGCCCAGUGCAUUAAAAUUGUAUGAAUUGUAUAUUUUGUGUAAUAUUUGAAUAAAAAACAGUGAACUUGG